CUUUAUGUGGAUCAGUGCUAGAGACAUUACGUGUUCAGAUUGCAUACAGUAAAUUCUGUAGGAUAGGUCUGAUAGCAGUAGUAUACACCCAUCAUUAAAAAUCGUACUGUAAGUGGGAACGGCAGCUAAUACCCUCCGGUUUUCAAACUCUUGGUAUCAGUGCUUCAGUUGGUUUCUGCACAGUAUCAGUGCAACAGUACCUAUUGGUGUUUUAUGUUAAGAAAUACCUAGUCAAGAUGUUCAGCUGGCUAAGUAGAGACAAUGAUAAACAGGAGGUGUAUGAGAGUGUGGUGCAAGGUCUGAAGAACAUCUACAGAAACAAGCUGCUCCCCCUUGAGCAGCACUAUCAAUUCCAUGACUUUCACUCACCCCAAUUGGAAGACUCUGACUUCGAUGCCAAACCCAUGAUUCUGCUUGUUGGUCAAUACUCAACUGGUAAAACCACUUUUAUUAAAUAUCUCCUAGAAAGGGAUUUCCCUGGAAUUCGUAUUGGGCCAGAACCUACAACUGAUAGGUUCAUUGCUGUUAUGUACGAUGAGAAAGAUGGUCAGAUUCCUGGAAAUGCUCUAGUUGUUGAUCCAAAAAAGCAAUUUAGGCCCCUAUCUAAAUUUGGCAAUGCAUUCCUGAAUAGAUUACAAUGUUCCCUUGUAAAAUCUGCUGUGCUAGAAAAUAUUUCCAUUGUUGAUACUCCUGGUAUCCUGUCUGGUGAAAAACAGAGGGUGGACAGAGGCUAUGAUUUCACAGGAGUUUUACAAUGGUUUGCUGAAAGAGUGGACAGAAUCAUUUUAUUAUUCGACGCCCACAAAUUGGAUAUUUCUGAUGAAUUUAGGCGUUCUAUAGAAGCACUCAGGGGUCAUGACGACAAGAUAAGGAUCGUAUUGAAUAAGGCUGAUAUGAUUGAUCAUCAGCAACUGAUGCGAGUCUAUGGAGCGCUCAUGUGGUCUUUGGGGAAGGUAUUGCAAACCCCCGAGGUAGCGCGCGUUUACAUCGGCUCGUUCUGGGACCAGCCUUUGAGAUACGAUGUGAACAGGAAGUUAUUUGAGGAUGAAGAGCAGGAUCUCUUCAAGGACUUGCAAUCGCUACCGAGAAACGCCGCCCUACGCAAACUUAACGAUUUGAUUAAGCGCGCUAGAUUAGCUAAAGUUCACGCAUACAUCAUUGCUGAAUUGAAAAAGGAAAUGCCGUCUCUGAUUGGCAAGGAAGGGAAGAAGAAGGAGCUCAUUAAGAAUCUAGGCCAGACGUACGAGAAGCUCCAAAAGGAGCACAAGAUUUCUCCUGGAGAUUUCCCGGAAAUCAAAACGAUGCAAGAGGUGUUGGUCAACUUGGACUUCACCAAGUUCCACCCGAUAAAGCCUAAGUUGUUGGAGGUGGUUGACAGGAUGCUGGCUGAAGACAUAGCCAUCCUUAUGGCGAAGAUCCCGCAGGAGGAUAUGAAUAGCAAGGAACCUGAAAUCAGGGGCGGGGCUUUUGAGAACGUCGAGGACACGGUGUCACCGUUUGGUUACAAGAGAGGCGAAGGCAUCGACGCCGGAUUCGGUGAACCCGAGUGGAUCGUUUCCAAACAUAAGAACGACGAAUACGAUGAAAUCUUUACCAAGUUGGGUCCAAGCGACGGAAAAGUCACCGGCUCAGCUGCCAAAUCGCACAUGGUGAAGUCGAAGCUCCCCAAUUCCGUUUUGAGCAAGAUUUGGAAACUCGCUGACGUGGACAAGGACGGCAUGCUCGACUCCGAGGAGUUUGCCCUUGCCAUGCAUUUAAUUAAGGUUAAAAUUGAUGGUAAUGAAUUGCCGUCCGAUUUACCACCUCACCUAUUACCACCAUCCAAGCGUUAAUUUCAUAUAUAAACAAAAUCAUAUAUAUAUAUAAACUAAUUCACAACCGCUAUUUAUAUUAUUUAUAUGUAAACUUUCACUAUUGUUGCGUCAAUGGCGAGAAAAUCAUUAUGUUCCCUUUAGUUAUAUUAUACCAAAAAGAAGAAAUAUGUUUAUUUAGUGGCUUUAAUUUUUAAAUAUUAUUAUAUGUAUGCACAAAACAAGAUUGGUAAUUGAAAAUGUAAAUCGAUUUUCAUGUGAUAAGUAAAUGAAAAUGUAUAUAAUUGUAUUAUAUGGUUAUAAUAUGUAACGCAAUUGAGAAUUUAUAUGAAAAACAAAAAUACGCAGAACUAUACAAUGGUAUAUGAUGGAAACGGAUGACCGAAACAAUAUUAUAUUCUAUUAUACGCGUAGCCUUGAAGCUCGUCUAGUCUUGUUAGCAAUAUUAUCCUGAAAGGAAGCGACGCCGAGGUCCAAAUAUCGACGAGGGCUACGUACUUUGUUAAAAAAAAUGAAUAUAUUGAUAAUAUAAAUAUUUAUGAGAUACAAUUUGAAAUAAUAAAAAAAAGCCUUUACACCCCUCGCCCGACCCAUCAAUUAGGUAAUGACAACAAAACACUGAAUGAUACAUAUAUGUAUGUAUAUUAUGGAUAUAUUGUAACUGCCUCAUAUUAUUUUUAUUGCUGUUGAAAAUAAUCCGAGAUUAAUAUUUUUAUAUAUGGGUCAGAAGAUUUAUAGAUUUUUAUAAACACUGUAACAAUGUAUGAAGCAAAUAAAAGAAUGUGCAAACAA